AUGUCUGCGCCUAACACCGAAGCGUAUCUCGCCCCCCUUGACGCCUCCAAGUCCUCCAUCACCAUUGGCAUCGUAGGAGGCGGCAUCGGCGGUGUAGUUACAGCCAUAGCUCUAGGCAGGAUUGGAUAUACCAUCCACCUCUUUGAGCAAGCCCCGAAGUUCGCAGAAAUCGGCGCUGGCAUAGCGUUGGGUCCCAAUUCAUUGCAAGCCCUCGAACGCCUUUCAAGUGAUCUCAGCACGCCCAUUCUUGCUAACUACGAGUCGGUCGCCACAAUCGAGGAACAUAACGGCCUGUGGUUCCGAUUCACAAAGUGGGAUACCCAGGAAGAGAUUACGGAGGUCAGGACCACUGGCAAGAACAGCUCUGUGCAUCGAGCUCGUUUCUUGGAGUCACUUCUACCGCUCCUUCCUAAGACAGUGACCACCCACUUUGCUAGUAGAGUCAAUAAGGUCGAAAAUCUCCCGGGUAACAAGGUCCUCAUCCACACGACUCCGCCUCACCAGCCUCAUCCGGACUACCCCUCCGAGACAACCGAAUCUGGACGCACCUUCGAGGUUGACGUCUGUAUCGGAUGCGAUGGUGUAAAGAGUGCCGUCAGAGGCAGUAUUGGCCUCAGUCUAACGUAUGGUUACGACGUGACAACGCGAGUAGACGCAGUCGUCAGGUAUACAGGGACGUAUGCGUACCGCGGCCUAUUGCCUCUUGAUAAGGCUAUUGAGAGGACGGGCGAAAGGCACAUCUUGACCUUCCCGAUCGAACAGGGCACCAUCCUCAACCUGGUCGCCUUCGUAUCUGACCGCACCGCCCCCGAGGACCAGCGCGUAUGGAAUUCCGGACCCUGGGUCGUACCCGUGACUAAGGACCAAAUGAAGGCUGACUUCGCCGGAUGGGACAAGGAUGUCCUGGACUAUCUAGACUUAAUUGAGAAACCGGAGCGCUGGGCCUUGCACGAGCUCGUCCCGCUCGACAAGUGGACCGUAGGGAGGGUCACCCUCCUUGGCGACUCCGCCCAUGCGAGUCUUCCCCACAACGGCGCUGGUGCGGGCCAAGCCACUGAAGAUGCAUACAUCCUCGCAUCUCUGCUCCGGCUGCCGGGAUGUACGGCUGAGAAUAUCGACAAGUUUUUACUGGCGUACGAGAAAUUCCGCCUGCCCCGUGCGGCGAAGCAGCAGGUGUGGGCUCUCCGCACAGGCGAGGUGUAUGAGAUGGAGUCCCCUCUUGGCAACGACUGGGAUAAGAUCGGGGAGAACUUGCGGGAGCGAUACAGGUGGAUCUGGGAGCAUGACUUGGAGGCGGACUUGAAGGAGGCUGUGGAGUGGUUGAAAGCAGAGGGUGUGGUGCAUUAG